AUGGGAAUGUUGUCUGUUGUCCGGCGAAUUCCGCUUCGAAUCCCGAGUCGGUUGGUUGCAUAUGAUCGGGCGUUGUACACCUUGGAUCCGAUCGAUCCUAAUGAGCCAAAAUUCGAAAAGAUUUUGAUCGCAAACAGAGGAGAAAUUGCAUGUCGUGUCAUAAAGACAUGCAAGGCGAUGGGGAUCAAGACGGUCGCGGUACACAGUGACGUUGAUUCUUUACGGCACGUACAAAUGGCAGAUGAAGCAGUUUGCAUCGGUCCUGCACCUACGCGUGAUAGCUACCUGAGGAUGGAUAAAAUACUCGACGCCGUGAAACAGACAGGAGCACAGGCAGUUCAUCCAGGAUACGGAUUCUUGUCGGAAAACACAGUGUUCGCCAAGAAGCUUGCUGACAAUGGUGUGACUUUCAUCGGUCCUAAUUCGAAAGCUAUUUUGGCUAUGGGCGACAAGAUUCAAAGCAAGCGUAUUGCCACUGCGGCGAAAGUCAGCAUGAUUCCUGGUCAUGAUGGAGAAGUGCAGGAUGUAGAAGAAUGCGUGAAGGUUGCCAACGAAAUUGGUUACCCUGUGAUGAUCAAAGCGUCGGCAGGAGGCGGCGGUAAGGGCAUGCGAAUCGCGUGGAACGACAAGGAAGCGCGCGACGGCUACCGUUUGUCCAAACAAGAGGCAGCGAGCAGCUUUGGUGAUGAUCGCAUGUUGAUUGAGAAGUACAUCGACAAUCCGCGGCACAUCGAAGUUCAGGUGCUUUGCGACAAGCAUGGCAAUGCCAUAUAUUUAAAUGAGCGUGAAUGCUCCAUUCAGAGAAGAAAUCAGAAAGUAAUUGAAGAAGCACCAAGCCCUUUCGUCAUCCCAGAUAUGCGUAAGCGAAUGGGUAAUGAAGCCUGUGCGCUUGCACUGGCAGUGGGUUACGAUUCGGCUGGCACUGUUGAAUUUCUGGUUGACUCGAAGCGAAACUUCUACUUUCUGGAAAUGAAUACUCGAUUACAAGUCGAACAUCCUAUCACUGAAGGGAUUACACACGUUGAUCUCGUCCAUCAGAUGAUUCGAAUUGCUUAUGGUCACAAAUUGAAACUGACUCAGGCGGAUAUACCUGUGAAAGGUUGGGCAGUGGAAUGUCGAGUUUACGCUGAAGAUCCGUACAAAUCAUUCGGUUUACCAUCAACCGGCCGACUUUCACGGUAUGUUGAACCGUUGCACAUUCCGGGCGUGCGAUGUGACAGUGGAAUUUAUGAAGGAAGCGAGAUCAGCAUAUAUUACGAUCCGCUUAUUUGCAAAUUGGUAACUUACGGAAAAGAUCGCAAUGAUGCAUUGGAUAAAAUGAGAGAUGCCCUCGAUGCAUACGUCAUUAGAGGUGUGACGAAUAAUAUUCCUUUGCUAAGAGACAUGAUGACCGAGAAGCGAUAUCGUUCUGGAAACAUCACCACAAAGUAUUUGUUCGAAACAUAUCCGGACGGCUUCAAGGGAAUCGUUCUGGACGAGAGCGAAAGUGCACAGUUAUGUGCGGUUGCUGCUGCUCUGUACAAACACAACAUCAAUCGAUCGUAUGACUUGCUAAACCCACAAAAGUAUGUGAAUAUUGUAAGUUUUGCUUUCUUUUGCAUUAUGUCAUCACGCAGAAGUACAGAGGUAUGGUUUCAUUAUAAUUACGUAAGGCCAAUAAUUCAGGUUGAUGUGGACGGAACUUUGUGUGUGAUUGAUGGAUCGUUAAAUUUAUCGAACGCCGUACUGAAUCUGAAAAUGAACGGCAAACCGUUUGUCGAUACUUCGAAAUAUAUUAUCGCCCCAAUGCCUGGCAUGAUCAAGUCCGUUGCUGUGAAACCCGGUCAACACGUCAGCGAAGGACAAGAAUGUUGUGUUAUUGAGGCAAUGAAGAUGCAGAACAGCCUUACUGCGCCAAAAUCCGCUAAGGUAAAAUUUUAAAA